GAGAUAAACCAGACUGUAUUUCAAAUUUAUGAUAAUUAAGUACUUUUGGUUGAAUUUGUUUCGUGUUUAAAAUGGGAAAGGCUGAUUUCCUAAGCCCCAAGGCGAUCAGUAAUCGAAUCAAAGCCAAGGGACUCCAGAAACUGCGGUGGUACUGUCAAAUGUGCCAGAAACAGUGCCGAGAUGAGAAUGGUUUUAAAUGCCACUGCAUGUCCGAGUCUCAUCAGAGACAGCUGCUGCUAGCCUCAGAGGACCCCAACCAGUUCAUGGACUUUUUCUCAGAGGAAUUUAAGAAUGAUUUUUUGGAGCUGAUUCGAAGACGUUUUGGCACAAAACGAGUUCACAACAACAUAGUCUACAAUGAGUACAUCAGUAACCGUGAACAUAUUCACAUGAACUCCACUCAGUGGGAGACACUCACAGACUUCACCAAAUGGCUGGGAAAGGAAGGUUUGUGUAAGGUGGAUGAAACACCAAAGGGCUGGUAUAUCCAGUACAUUGACCGUGACCCGGAAACCAUCCGUCGGCAGGAAGAACUGGAAAAGAAGAAAAAGCAGGACCUGGAUGAUGAAGAGCGCAGUGCCAAAUUUAUCGAGGAACAAGUCCGCCGUGGUCGAGAGGGCAAAGAGCCAGAGGAGCCUGUGUACACAGAGUUAAAGAGAGAAAAUGAGGAGGAAAAAGUUACCUUCAACCUGGGUAGUGGCUCCUUAGCAAGCACCUCUAAAGUAAGUCCUGCUCUGGGAACAAGUGCGCUUAAGCUUGCUGCUUCAACCAAAAGGAAAGAGCCCUCCCAUAGCACAGACUCGAGAGAGAAGAAAAAGAAAUCCGCUUUGGAUGAGAUCAUGGAGAUGGAGGAACAGAAGAAGAAGUCUGUGCACACAGGUCACUGGCUUCAACCAGACAUUGUAGUGAAGGUCAUCACAAAAAAACUGGGCGAGAAAUACUACAAGAAGAAAGCUGUUGUCCGGGAGGUCCAAGAUAAAUACACAGCUGUGGUAAAGAUAAUUGACACAGGAGACAAACUCAAACUGGACCAGGCUCACCUGGAAACAGUAAUCCCAGCACCUGGUAAACACGUACUGAUCCUCAACGGGCCCUAUAGAGACACAGAAGCCAUCCUGGAUAGCAUCGAUGAGAAAAAAUUCUCUGCCACAUUAAUAUUAGACUCGGGUCGUCUGAAAGGGAAACGGGUUGAUGGAAUUCCAUAUGAAGAUUUCUCCAAGCGUGCAUGAGAUUUUUCCUCAUUCCACAGAGCUCCUGCCUGGAGUAUUUCUCCUGAAUCCUUACCUUUUUUUCACUAAACAUAUGUAAAUAACCUACCCACUCAUCUAAUAAGACAGUAAUCAAAUAUUAGA